AUGGCAACCGCAGCUCCUCUCCUUAUGCGUCUCCGGCCCAUGGCCCGCUGCGCCAUACUCUCCGCUCUUGUGCUUGUCUCCAUCGGCCUUGUCUAUGAGCUUGACGCGUUGCCGGGCCGUGAUGUCUUCGCCACCUCAAGAUUCUACACCACUAAUCGACGGCCUAUACGUACAGAAGGAGGAGCAGAAAACCCAUCUGAUUCCUGCGCUGUCGAGCUCAAUCAUCUCAAGUCUCUGCACCUCACCGACACAAUCAGGCACUCUCGCCGUUGUGUCAGACCCCUAUCCUCUGUGGAUGUAGAUCGAGAUAUCGUUACCAAUAUUAGCUCCCACCUGCUCACAAAGAAAGGGACGUUGGAUCUGAGCGACGCGUGCACUAUCGACGUCGGUGCCUUGCCUUGUGACCCUCUCGAGCUUCCCGUCCCGCCCGCAUAUCCAACGAAUCAUGGACAAUUCACUCAUCUCACCUUCGGAGUGGCUACUACGUUCGCUCGCCUCCUGGAAUCAAAGUCUACGUUCGCUCACUGGCUGUCAGAUUCCGGUUCCACACUCGUCGGCCUCCUAACUGACGACUCUGAGGAGCUUGGGGAAAUGGACCCCACAGCUCUUGAGGAGGAGUACGGGGCUGAGGGCAUGAACCUUAUCCUCGUCCCAAAGCAUCGCUCAGAGCAUACCACUGAACAAUCACAUGUCAUGAUCAUCCGAGACAUGCUUAAACACGCCCGAGCGACGGGGAAAGAGACACACUGGCUCGGCAUCAUCGACGACGACACCUUCUUCCCCUCGCUGCAUGCCCUCGCGAGCGCCUUUGCCCAGUACGACCACACAAAGCCACAGUACCUGGGGCAGCUCACAGAGUCUGCACACAUCGUCCCUAUCGGAAUCUUGGGUGGCUUCGGUGGCGCUGGCAUCUUCCUGUCGUGGCCGCUGGCGCAGCAACUCGAACCACAUCUCGAAAGCUGCCUUGAGGACUUCGCCAAGCUCAAGAUGGUGGAGGGGUUGUAUCAGAUGGACAUUAUGGGGGAUACGGCGGGCUUCUAUGAGUCUAGCAGGCGGGUUCUGUCUCUACACCACUGGAAGAGCUGGCACUGGUCUCCUGUUGACAAGAUGGCUGCCAUAACGAAAAUCUGUGGUGGCUGUUUUCUGCAGAGGUUCGCCUUUCUGGGUAAUGGCAACGAGGCGUUUACGAUCUUGAACAACGGAUACUCGAUCAACAUCUACAGGGCCGAUCUGGAGGAGAUACCUGACCUGAGCUUGACGGAGCAAACGUGGGACGGAGGAGAAGAUGGUGCCUACCAGUGGAGCUUGGGACCGCUGAGACAAAAGGUCGACAAGGGAAAGAAGAAGUCGUACUGGCUGGAGGCAGUUGUUGCUGGUGAGAAUGGAACCCUGACGCAGGUUUACGUCCACCGAGGUAGUAGGAAGCCGGGGGAGUAUGACGAGGUGAUUGAACUAGUUUGGCAGCCUUGA